GUAACUAAUCCCUACCUUUACCUAUCUUUGUAUUCAAAAUCAUAGCCUUGCCUCUUCUUCCCAAGGCUGACAAAGAGCCACUUGAGCCUUUACAACCUUCUGUCCCUCAGUUUUAAAUACUCGAGGGUGAAGGAUAUUAUAUCACACGAUGGCGGUCUCGCCUGUGAUCGUGCAUCCUACCGAUGCUCUACCGAACCCUAGAUCUUUAUCCUCGCCUCUCAAGACCGUAACUUCAGCACAGGCGUCGUCCAAUGGAACUCCCGUGGUCGCAACAGCUGCGCCGAAUGUAGUCGCAGCAGCACAAGCAACCUCCCUAGAUCUGGCGGAACAGCUUAACGAGGAGGAGAAGCGCAAAUAUGUUAAGGGCAAGAAACUCGGUGAAGGUACCUACGCCAACGUCUACCUUGGCUUCCUAAAAAGCGAUCCGACGAAGCUGGUAGCCAUAAAAAAGAUUAAGAUACAAAAGGAGUACACGGAGGGGAUGGCGCCCGAUGCCGUCCGCGAAAUCAAGCAUUUACAGGAGCUAUCGCACCCGAACAUAAUAACGCUGCAUUCCGUCUUCUCUUCUAAAAACCAGAACCUCAAUCUCGUUCUGGAGUACCUCCCCCUUGGCGACUUGGAAAUGCUUAUCCGUGACGUCGAUCGCGUCAGAUACGGUGCCGCCGACAUUAAGGCUUGGAUGGGUAUGCUUACGAGGGCGGUGUGGUUCUGUCAUGAGAACUUCGUGCUGCAUCGUGAUAUCAAACCCAACAAUUUGCUUAUUGCAGCCGAUGGGGAGGUGAAGCUUGCCGAUUUUGGUCUGGCCCGAAGCUUCUCGGAUCCGUAUAAGCCAAUGACGGCGAACGUCAUCACGCGAUGGUAUAGACCUCCCGAGUUGUUGUAUGGAGCAAAGCAUUACUCGGGCGCAGUAGAUAUCUGGUCCGUCGGCCUGGUCUUCGCCGAAUUGAUCAUAAGGACGCCAUACAUCGCCGGAGACACAGAGAUGCGGCAGAUCAGUCUUAUCUGCACCGCCAUCGGUACGCCCACAGAGGAGAAUUGGCCGGGGGUCACUAAGUUACCGGCGUAUACUACGGAAGGAGAAAUCCAUCCCGUACGGGGAAGGGAGUAUUACAUGUCGUUCUUCGGCACAGUUGGAACCGAGGGCGUCGAUCUCCUGAUGAAGACGUUGAUACUCGAUCCUAAGAAGCGUAUUACGGCCCUGGGGAUGCUGAAGCACGAAUGGUGGAACAAAGACCCCAAGCCCACGCGCAAGCAGGAUUUACCGAAGAAGUCGGGCGGGCAGGAGAAGAUCGGCGCUGAUUUGAAGAGGAGGCCUGGCAUAGUAGAUGACGACAAGACCGCGAAAGUUGCCCGGAAGCUGGACUUCGGCGCGACGAAAUAGAAUUCUAAGCGGCGAAAGAGAGAUUCUGAUGACUUGAUGUGAAUACCGGUCUGGCGCUUAGGAGUUUAGAGGUAUAAUCAAAGCGUUAGAGGUUAGGGACUUAUGAAUGGAUAGGGCAGUAUAGGAUAAUGAAGUACAGCGUGAU